CGACGGUCUGCUCACACCGACUUGUCAGAUCUCAGGACAGAGGUUCAAACUACGGACGAAACCGAGGAAAGAAAACAGCUAAAACUGCUUCGCAACAAACUGCAGAGACGGAGGAGUCUUUCCGAGCCUGCGUUUGAAGUGAAACAGGUCUAAAAGUCGCUUCACUACACGGUUCUCGUCUCUGACGCUCUGUUAUGGACGGAAGAAGCCUCAUCUCCAGUCGUUUAAAUGGGAGCGCGUUUUCCAGGCUUUAGAGAUGCCCCAACAUAACAUGGAAAACUCCAGGAGCCAUUGGCAGCAGAGUCUGCAGCAGCCAUGGAUCAGCAGAGUGGCUGCAGGUCAGAGUCCCGCCUCCUCAGGGGCCGAGUCUGACACGGAGAGCAGCAGCACAGAGAGUGAGAAGUCCUGCCUUAAGAAGCCAGAGGUGGGCUCAUCCAGGUUCUUUUCAUCUCCUUCAAUGCUUCAAAACCGCAUUACAGAGAUCAACCAGCAGAAGGAAGAACUGAAGAUUGAGCUGCAGCUGGAGAUCGCCUUGCUGCAAGGAGAGCUGCAGACGGAGACGAAGCAGCUGCACAGACACUCACAGAAGCUGCUGGCACUGCAACAACAAGCCAGAGAAAGAGAGAAGCACAAACACACUGACAGACUAAAUGAGCGAGAGAGGUUGGAGAAGGAGAGACACAGGCUGAAGGAACUGAAGAAGAGUUGUGAGGAAAGAGAGAAACUGAUCCCGAGUCAGCCAGAAAGCCAAAGAGAGCAGCUAACUCUGCAGCUGCAGCAGGAGAAGGAGGGGAUGGAGGUGGCUAUUCGGGCUUUCGAGGACUGGGAGUUUCGUGUUUUGGAACAAGAAAGCGGCAUUGGUGAAGAGGAUGAAGACGGAGAGGAGAAACCGAAGCAGGAAGGAAUGCAAGGGGAGAUGGAGAAGGAAAUCUCCCACCAGCAACAUGUGGUCAACACAGCGCAGGAACGAGUCCAGCAGUUGGAGAAACAGCUGAAAGAGAUGGAGAAAGAGAAGGAAAGAGAGCUGAAUGCAUUGAGGAAGGAGAAGAGAGAACUAAUUCACGCAACUCAAACGGUUCCCAAAGAGAAGAAGCCACUCACUGAUUGGUCGAACUUCACCACCUCAGCUCCCUGCAUGAUGUCACUCUCUCCUUUGACACCUCACAAGUCUCCACAGGAACUGUCCAAGGAAGCCGUCAGUUUGCCAAGAAGGCGAAGCUCACAUCGGAACAACAGACUCUCCGACAGGCCGAUUUCAGUGCAGGGUUUGGUGAGGACUCUUCCAGACAGCCAGACGACAGAGGCUUUCACUCCCCCCAUAAGCUCCCACAGACUAAGCAACGGGCACAAACCAGGGAGCAGCAACGGUGGUGGGUUCCUCACUCCGUGCAACAGUGAAGCAAGCUCUCGUGCGGCAAGUCCGUCGCUUUUGGAUCUUGUGGAGAUUGAGAGGAAGCUGAGGGAAGCCAAGGCAGAAAGAGAAAGGCUUCUCAGAGAACGAGCAGAAAGGCAGCGGUUGUUGUUGGACGAAAGAAGCCAAAGAGAGCUAAACUCUUCCAGAGAAGAACCACUAGAACCAGAAACACAACAAAGACCAGGGCCAGAAGCAAAUGAAUCCGUACAAGUCCUUUCAUCGCCAGUUUCAGAGAAGCGCAGCCUGCCCCUUUUCCUUACUCCAAACUUUGACCUUCGGGCCCAUGUAGAGUCACUGGGUCACGGGGUUGCCAACUGCACGGACCUACGGCUUACACCUCGACGGUGUGCUGGCUUUCUCACGAAACGAGGAGGGAGGGUCAAGACAUGGAAGAAGAGAUGGUUCCUGUUUGACACAGACCACAAACGACUGGCCUACUAUACAGACUGCGAUGAGAGAAAGCUAAAGGGAGUCAUGUACUUUCAGGCUAUAGAAGAAGUUUACUACGACCAUCUACGAACGGCUACCUCUUCUCCUCGGCCCAGCCUUACGUUCUGUGUGAAGACAUACGAUCGCCUGUUCUUUCUGGUGGCUUCCAAUGCCGUGUCUAUGCGUAUUUGGAUGGAUGUCAUUGUCACCGCAACCGACGAGCACAGCCGCUACUGACUUAAAUACGUGACUAUGGAGUGAAGCUGCUGAAUGGACUCUACUGUGGUUAUUUUCCCCUUUCCUGUCUGGGCAGUAUAUUUGCUGGAAAUGUGCCUUGGGUGGAUUCAGAAGACCGAAUAUCCACAUGGAGGUGCCAUGGGUCAGACGUGGAGGACAAUGUUACUGAUAGGAGUUCAUCAGCUGCAGCUCAGAACACAAAUCUUUAAAGGACUCACUCAUGGUGAUUCAGCUGUCUGUUACAGGGAGGAUUUUUUCACGGAUCUUGAUCUCCCCCUGCUGGUUACAGUCCAGCAUCACAGGAGUAAUGUACACUACACAGUGAUACCAGAAAUGGGCACAAUAAAACCACCAGCACUUACAGGAUGUCAUUUGUUCUAAUAUGCCACUACACUGGAGGUGAUCUCUUUGUUAUACGCACCCCUUGCCUUUGUUUUCAGAUAAAGGAAUGUUAUGAAAGUUUUGAAGAUUAUUUAUUAUAUUGAGGUUUAUAUGGCUUUGGUUUGUAGGUAAAUUAAACUGUACUCUGGUAUCAGGGCGACAUUAAAUGUUUGUUUUUAUAAAAAAUGCUCAUGUUUGUCUGUUUUUAUUGAAGCAUCUUUGUAAAGGUAAUAGUGAAAUCAAUUCCAAGGUGUUAUGAAAAAUA